CCUCGCGCCCGCCUCCUCCGCUCGGCCGGCCCAAGAUGGCGGUGCAGGAGUCGGCGGCCCAGCUGUCCAUGACCCUGAAGGUGCAGGAGUACCCGACCCUCAAGGUGCCCUAUGAAACCCUGAAUAAACGCUUCCGGGCUGCUCAGAAAAAUAUCGACCGAGAGACGAGUCACGUCACCAUGGUGGUGGCUGAGCUGGAGAAGACCUUGAGUAGCUGCCCAGCCGUGGACUCUGUGGUCAGCCUCCUGGAUGGUGUGGUGGAGAAGCUCAGUGUGCUCAAGAGGAAGGCGGUGGAGUCCAUCCAGGCCGAGGACGAGAGCGCUAAGCUGUGCAAGCGCAGGAUCGAGCACCUCAAGGAGCACAGCAGCGACCAGCCGGCUGCAGCCAGCAUGUGGAAGAGGAAGCGCAUGGACCGCAUGAUGGUGGAGCACCUCCUGCGCUGCGGCUACUAUAGCACGGCUGUGAAGCUGGCACGCCAGAGUGGCAUCGAGGACCUGGUGAACAUCGAGAUGUUCCUAACAGCCAAAGAGGUAGAGGAGUCCCUGGAGAGGCGGGAGACGGCCACGUGCCUGGCCUGGUGCCAUGACAACAAGUCCCGGCUGCGGAAGAUGAAGGGCCGCCAAAGCGAGCACGAGGCGAAGACGGGACGAAAGAGUAGAGCCGCCAAUGGCUCCCCUAAAGAGAGUGAGGAUCUUGGUAUGGAAACCCUAAAAGGAAAGCCAGAAUUGAGCUGCCUGGAGUUCAGCCUCAGGAUCCAGGAGUUCAUCGAGCUCGUUCGGCAGAACAAGCGCCUCGAUGCCGUAAGACAUGCAAGAAAGCACUUCAGUCAGGCCGAAGGGAGCCAGCUGGAUGAGGUCCGCCAGGUCAUGGGCAUGCUGGCCUUCCCGCCAGACACUCACAUCUCCCCUUACAAGGACCUUUUGGACCCUGCCCGGUGGCGGAUGCUGAUCCAGCAGUUCCGAUAUGACAACUACCGGCUGCACCAGCUGGGGAACAACUCGGUGUUCACCCUUACCCUGCAGGCUGGCCUCUCGGCCAUUAAGACACCGCAGUGCUACAAGGAGGACGGCAGCUCCAAGAGCCCUGACUGCCCAGUGUGCAGCCGCUCCCUCAACAAGCUGGCGCAGCCCCUGCCCAUGGCACACUGCGCCAACUCACGCCUGGUCUGCAAGAUCUCCGGCGACGUCAUGAAUGAGAACAACCCACCCAUGAUGCUGCCCAAUGGCUACGUCUACGGCUACAACUCUCUGCUUUCUAUCCGUCAAGAUGAUAAAGUUGUUUGCCCAAGAACCAAAGAAGUCUUCCACUUCUCACAAGCCGAGAAAGUAUACAUCAUGUAGGCCCGUGUCGCCAGGUGCACGCCUCGGGCCAGGCGCGUGGGCAGGGCACACCCUCCCAUGUCCCUGCCCUAGCCUGCCGCUGCGUUUCUGUUUCUUGCGACCAAAGAUCAGUGAGCAACGAUAAAUACUCUUAGGAAGCGAGGAAAUGAGAUUUAAUGAGUUCGUACUUGAAAACAGCGUUUGAUGGGUAGGAUUUUGUAAUGUGAGUCGACUAUUUGAUGCUUCUGCAGAGUACUUGCACCUCUCAAAGGAAACUCUACAGCCUGACCUCAACCCCAAGGAGCUUUAGGAUGGCUCACAGGUAGGAAACCUUCUCUCCCAAGUUUCUCAGCUUCCUCCUUUUGCUGAAGAGACUUGGGCAGUGUGAGGAACAGGCUGGUCCUUCGACGCAUGUUAGCUGUGGCCUGGGUGAGGUGCUGGCACGCUGGUGGCCUAUGGUGACUUGCCAUGCGGUGCACGAGGACCCUUCCUGACGUCACUGGAGCUGCCACCAGAGCGCCCUGCAGGCCCUGGGCCACGUCCUGCAAGCUUGGGCUCGGCCCCUGGUCGUCCGUGCACCGCCUUACUUCCUGCUUUGAGAAUGUAUUCACGUGGAGAUCCACUGGACCGAGUUUCUGCAGAGGCCUUGCUGGACAGUUCUGUAGCCCUGGAGUCUGCAUGCUAUUCGUUACGGAGCGGAUAGUUCAGCUGAAGCAAGUACUGAUGGGUUUUCAGAACAUACGAACCCUUGUAGUCCACACAGAAACCUGUGGUAGAGGUUUGUAUCUAGCGCUUAUUUUUGCAUGUUGAUGUUGAUUAGCUGAUAAACUGUAAAUGUAAAGCGUGUUAAUAAAAUGGCUUUCUAUUUCUCA